GUGACUUUCUCAAAACACCCGUCUUAGCUGGGCAAUGCUCUUCUCACUACCACCGCCACUACCCUGAUCCUCUUUCUUCUGCAGAAUCUCCGUGUUUGAAAAUUCGAUAUUUCUUUUCCAAUCCCUCUUACAAUUUCACUUUUUCUUUUUCGUUCCCUCUUUUCCAUCUUCUUUCUUUUCACAUAAGUCUAUUUAUCCUCCGAUCGCGUUCUCAUCAAUUAAUUUAUGGUUCUACCAUACCAUUUAUUCCUCUACCUAUAUAUUCGUUAUUUUAUUGCAUCUCUUCACUGUUCGCUUUCUGUCCUUUGCAUUUUCGCUUCAUUUUCCCCAUAGAAUCUCCAGCUGCUAAGCUUACCGUUAGGAGAUCUGAACUUGGGUGGGAAGGAUCUGAAAAUGGGUUCGGUUCCUCCAGAACUGAGCUUGGAUUUGAGACCCACUUUUGUUCCCAAGACGAUCAGUGAUUUCCUCUAUGAGGUUUCCUCGAUCGGCAACGCUGCUGACAAGUUGUCGAGGUUCGAUGAGUUUCUCAAGAGAUUGGAGGAGGAAAUGAAGAAGAUCGACGCUUUUAAGCGAGAGCUUCCUCUCUGCAUGCUCCUCCUAAACGAUGCAAUCUUGACUCUGAAGGAGGAAUCAGCAAAACUCAGGAUGCCUACUUCUCGGCCAGUGCUGGAGGAAUUUAUUCCCUUGACAAGAGAAUGUGAUCAGAAAAAGGAUAAUAAGAAAGAAAACGGAUGCAGAGAUAAGAAGAAUUGGAUGAGUUCUGUUCAGCUUUGGAAUACCAGUAUUCAUCCCGCUACUAACCAUGCUUAUGAGCAAAGGCAACACUAUGAAUUAGAAAACAAGCAGAAAUGCGAAGAGGAAGGGCAAUCUGUUCCUGAGGUCCCAUUCCAAUCUGGUAGAAACGGCGAUAAUGGAUGCAGAGCGUUCUUUCCCUUUUCAGCCUACCCUAGCAACCCUGCGACGCCAGUGGCAACUAGGGAAGAGAAGGAAGACUCCAUUAAUGGGCUUUCUCUUCUGACUCCUGGUACCAAAAAUUUGAAGGAAGGUUCUGGUUCAAGUGGAUCAGGAAGUAGCUCUAGCAGAGCAGUUUCCUCCUCUACUCCCAGUUCACAGCCAAUUAUACCCACAGGUCAUCUGCAGCCACAGAAGCAAGUUGCCCGGAAACAGAGGAGGUGCUGGUCGCCUGAAUUGCACCGACGAUUUGUCAAUGCAUUACAGCAACUUGGAGGUUCUCUAGCGGCAACCCCUAAACAAAUAAGAGAACUCAUGCAGGUUGAUAGCCUGACCAAUGAUGAAGUGAAGAGUCAUUUACAAAAAUAUCGACUUCACACUCGAAGAACACCAGCUACCACGGCUGCGCCUGCUAAUCAAUCUGUAGUUCUUGGAGGUUUGUGGAUGUCCCAAGAUCAACACAAUGAAUCCUCCAAGGCUAGCAGUUCAGGGUCUGGUUCUCCUCAAGGUCCCCUCCAGUUAGCAGGAUCUGGUGGAGGGAUGUCUCGAACUGAAGGCGACAGCAUGGAAGAUGAUGAAGAGGAAAAAUCUGAGAGCUUUAGCUGGAAAAGUCAUAUUCACAAACCUCGAAAAGAUGUAUAGAUACUCUCCACCAUGGAUUUUGCAGAUAAAAAUAUACGUGGGAGGAGUUUUACAACUACAUAAGUAUAAUACAUCAUACUUAUAAAGAAAAAAGGAUCUACGGAUAGAGGCUAUUGAAAUUUUUGCAGGACUAGCUUUCCUUCUAUUUAUCCAACUUGAGUUUUAUCAUGAGAACUCCAAAAUAAAAUUCCUUCAUGCCAUUUUCCCCAUGUAUCAUCAAGUUCUUUCAUUUCUUGGUCCACUGUUUUAGAUCAGAUGCUCAGUAAGUCGCCCAAUUUUUGGAACUAUGGAUGUUUCAUUAAUUUCAAGGAAACGAGGUUGCGCUCUUGAAUGCAGAUUCAUAAUUUGUUUGGCACUCGUUGGCUAGAUUUGCAGGAUUUUCUUUUCAAAUCUUCAGAUUUGGUGACUGUUGUGGAAGAUUUGCACUGUGAUAUUCUCUUCCUUGAAAUUAUAUCUAGUCUUUAUCUUGUC